CUACCCAGCCAAAUAAAAACCAAAGACCAACAUUUUUCUGUUAACGGUUACUUCCAAGCCUCAGAAAAUCAUUCUCUGUUCUCUUUUUCUUUGAUUUAUAAAUUGCACAAAAUAAAACGUUCAGUUUAUCCUCCAAAAUCCAGAAAUACUUUUCAAGAAAAAAAAUAUAUAUAUAUGAUUUGCUUUGAGCUCAAAAACAUGAAGAAGCAAAAGCAAAACGAAAUCUUCAACAACCACUUUGAUCUUCUUUCUGAGGAAAUCAUAUUCAUAAUCCUAGAUUUCCUUCAACAAAACCCACUUGACAAAAAGGCUUUCUCAUCGGUUUGCAAGUCUUUCUACGCCAUCGAAGCCAAUCAUCGCAAGAAUCUCAAGCCCCUACGCUCUGAACACAUCCCUGCGAUCCUUAAACGAUACCCACAUGUGACCCACCUCGAUCUCACUCUCUGCCCUCGAAUCACCGAUGGUUCUCUCACAAACAUCUCCAAUGCAUGCAAGUCCAGCCUCCGCUCCAUCGAUCUUUCGAGGUCCAAGUUCUUUUCGGGAACUGGGUUGUUGAGUUUGGCUCUCAAUUGCAAGAAUUUGGUGGAGAUCGACUUGUCGAACGCCACGGAAUUGAGAGACUCGGCGGCUGCGGCGGUGGCGGAGGCUAAGAAUUUGGAGAGGUUGUGGCUGGGGAGGUGUAAGCUGAUUACGGAUAUUGGAAUUGGGUGUAUAGCCGUUGGUUGUAGGAAACUGAGGUUGAUUAGCUUGAAAUGGUGUUUGGGAAUUGGUGACUUGGGGGUCGAAUUGAUUGCUGUUAAGUGUAAAGAAAUACGCUGUUUGGAUCUCUCUUACUUGCCGAUCACUGACAAGUGCUUACCAUCCAUCUUGAAAUUGCAAAAUCUUGAAGAUUUGGUUCUAGAAGGAUGCUUUGGUAUUGAUGAUGACAGCCUUGCCCCUCUCAAAUAUGGCUGCAAGUCGUUAAAGAAGCUUGACAUGUCAAGUUGUCAAAACAUUAGUUAUGUUGGGUUAUCUUCUCUAAGUGGCGCCGGUGAAACUCUGCAGGAACUCACCUUAGCAUACGUCUCUCCUGUGACACUUGCUUUUGCCAAUUGUUUGAAAAAGCUUCCGAUGUUGCAAACACUUAAAUUAGAUGGCUGCCUGGUUACCUCUGCUGGACUGAAAGCCAUCGGAAAUUGGUGUGUAUCAUUAAGGGAGUUGAGCUUAAGUAAGUGCUCAGGUGUAACAGAUGAAAGUCUCUCUCCUCUUGUGACAAAACACAGAGAUUUGAGGAAGCUGGACAUCACAUGCUGCCGCAAGAUCACAUAUGUUUCAAUAGCUGACAUUACAAAUUCAUGCACCGUUCUCACUUCUCUUAGGAUGGAAUCAUGUACCCUGGUUCCUAGAGAAGCAUUUGUCUUGAUUGGACAGCGGUGUCAUUCCCUGGAGGAGAUUGACCUAACCGAUAAUGAAGUCGAUGAUGAAGGUUUGAAGUCCAUCUCAAGAUGCUCCAAACUCUCCAGCUUAAAACUGGGAAUUUGCCUAAACAUAACUGACAAGGGAGUUGUCGAUAUUGGCAUGCGCUGCUCAAAACUUACAGAACUUGAUCUGUACAGGUGCACUGGUAUAACGGAUCUAGGCACUUCAGCAAUAGCCUAUGGAUGUCCUGGCCUGGAGAUGAUUAAUAUAUCCUAUUGUAAAGACAUUACUGACAGUUCAUUAAGGUCAUUGUCAAAAUGCUCAAGGUUAAACACACUUGAAAGUCGAGGAUGCCCACUUAUCACAUCUUUAGGUCUAGCAGCCAUCGCUGUAGGAUGCAAGCAACUAACCAAGCUAGACAUAAAGAAAUGUUCCAACAUCGAUGAUACUGGGAUGAUUCCACUUGCUCACUUUUCCCAGAACCUAAGACAGAUUAAUCUGUCAUAUACCUCAGUUACAGAUGUGGGGCUGUUAUCUCUUGCCAGCAUCAGCUGCCUACAAAGCUUGACUAUUUUGCAUUUGAAUGGCUUAACUCCUGGUGGACUAGCAGCUUCCUUAUUGGUAUGUGGAGGACUAACAAAAGUAAAGCUCCAGGCAUGCUUUAAAUCAUUGCUACCUCAAGCUCUUUUCGAACAUUUAGAAGCACGUGGCUGUGUGAUUCAGUGGAGAGAUAAAGUAUUGCAGGCUGAAUUAGACCCACAGUGUUGGAAAUUGCAGUUAGAAGACAUAUAAUGCAAUAGGGUUUCAGAUGAGUACCCUUCUUGCUGUUGUUUGAAAACUAGCAUAUCUGAGAAGAGUAAAAAACAAAGGGCGGCUUAGCUUGAUGUGUACUUGUUUAUUAUGAGGAAAUCCUUCAGAAGGAUCAUUGGAAGAUAUUAAUAAGUUCCUUAAGUCUUUACUUUACAUACUCGCUUCAACGAAUACUUUGGUUUUCAAUCACCGAACUCAUUGGGCUAAUGGGUUAUGCAAAAUUCCGGUCUGCCUUGAGGUGUAUAUGCUGGGGAGCAGAAGAAAGAGCUGGGAAAGAAGAACAAGUCCUCCCAGGUAAAGUGGGAGGGAAGACGAGAAACAUUUGAAGGGUUCAACUGACGUGGAUGUUUUGGCAUAUAGACUUAUUUUAGGGAAGAAAAGUAAUUAUGUAUUGUCUCUCAAGUAAGAAACCUUUUUUGACUGAAAAGAAAGCUAUUUGUAUGCAAGAGUUGGUAGCUCCAAACAGGCACACGUAAAUUAUGUAAAUUUUAAAAGCUAAAUGAAAUAGAGUUCCAAAGUUUCACGGC